AUGGAUUUUCAUCUGCUGGUCUUCAUUUGUCUCCUCAUACCAUCAUUCACCUCCUCACAACCUUCGAAAACCUCGACCAGGAGAAAGAAUGCAAAUUCAACAACAACUAAACAGCCUUCGAGCACUACGACCACCGACACGCCAACCCUCAUCACGAAGCGCGUCUCCAAGCGGCCCUUCUACAACAUCGCCCACAUGGUCAACUCGCUGCACGAGAUUGACACCUACCUCGGAAAGGGGGCGAACGGCCUGGAGGCGGACGUCUACUUUGCCCCGAACGCCACGCCCGUCUUCAUGUUCCACGGCCACCCUUGUGACUGCUUUCGGCACUGCGCCGAACGGGAGCGCGUGGAGAUUUACCUGGAACGGGUGCGAGAGCUCAGUACUCCCAGUUCAAAGGCCUACAAUCCUCGUCUGGUGCUCCUCUUUCUCGACCUAAAGCUGCUUCGAAUUGCGCACAGUGCCAAGGCGCUGGCCGGUGAGCAGCUGGCCACCAUUCUGCUUCGGCACCUCUACAAUGGCACCACUGAAGGAGCCAACAGCCCUGAUGGCUCCACCAUCCGCACCGUCAUCAGCAUCGGCCACGUCUUUGACUACGACUUUGUGCUCGGUUUUCAGAAUGAGCUGGAGGGCAGUGGGCGGUCGUGGCUCUUUCGCCACUUCAUCGGCUGGGACGUCGGCAUGAACGACCCGCUCUUCGCCAUCGAGUCGAUGUGGAAGCGCUUCGAGACGGUGCACAACAUCUGGCAGGGCGACGGCCGCUCCAACUGCCUCUCGCCCUUCUACAACCUCGGCCGCCUGAGUGCUAUUGUGCGGAAGCGAGACUCGCCGGCCAUAGGCUUUGGUGCGCGGAAUCUAAUUCGCAAGGCCUACCAGUGGACGGUCGACCUGACGGUGAACAUUCGCACGGCGUUGCGGAGCAACCUAGACGCCGUCAUCAGCAAUCACCCGGAGCGGGUGGAGCAU